AGGAGGAUAGAAAGCCCUGAGCGCAAUGACUCUCUGCUCUGGAACCGCGCGCUACGCUAAACUUCAUUGAAUGAUAAGUGAAGUUUCAGAGAACUCACUCUGUGUCUCCUCUCUGUCUCUCAGCCGGUAACACUGAUAGCGCUGCAGCCGCUUCACUGAGGGGAGCCUCUCCUCUGCGCCCACCUUAGUGUGAUGACAGCACCGCCGCUCCUGUGCGCGUGCUGCACCGCGCUGAUGCUGCUGAUGGCACGCGGAGCCGCACCUCUGCGCAACAGAGUGAAUUUUCCCAGAAAGCUCUGGGAGGUGGAGGUGAGAGGUGAUAUGGCCUUGGAAACAGUUUCUAGGCCUUCAGUUGCUGUGAAUGAAGUGUUGCGCGAGCGCCGUUUGGUCUGGAGAAGUCUCCUGCACAAAGAGCCCCCACCGAGGCAUUCCUGCACAGCGCUCCCCCACAGCACCAGUGGCACUGCCACACGCAGACGGGGCCGUCGCCAUGCCCUCAUAGGGACGCGGGGUCAUGGGCACGGCCAACUGAUGCGCGUGGGCUGCGUAUUAGGCACCUGCCAAGUCCAAAACCUUGGGCAUCGUCUCUACCAGCUCAUUGGUCAGAGUGGAAGAGAAGAGUCCUCCCCAGUCAAUCCCCGAAGUCCUCACAGUUAUGGAUAAGACGGUACCUGCAAACAAAUCCUAUGCGACAACAGGGUCUACUUGGCAUUAAGUCCCUAGAAUACAGGUUCAGAGCUAGCAUAGCUGCAAGCUAAAGCCCCACUCAAGGCUGGGUCCCAAAGCGUGGAAUACUUUGUUCUCAUUCUCUUUAAUACUGAGAUGUCUCUCUCUAGUGACCACUUUCCAUUAUCUCCACUGUAAUCCUGUACUGUUUGUUUAGAAGGAGAUUGCUCUCUUACUUUGAAUCUCUUUAAUCACCUUUGGCUAAGCCGGCCAAAGUCAAAUUGAGUACAAACACACACAAGAGGACACAUCCAUAUCCAUGAACACAGACAGCAUCAAAUAUGCUGUCAAAAGCUUGUAAACAGAAAGUCAACUGUGUGCCUGACCAAUUUGCAUGCCUACACAAGAUUCCUUAAUAAAAACACAGUCGCUCUCCUUUACAUGAACACAUAUACAAAUACAGACAGCCUCACUCAGUGGAGCCCUGGAGGAAUGUCUGCUGUCCUCAUGUGCACACUAAUCAAGUAGGUCAAAUUCAUUUCUCAGACAUGUGAAAGCACUUUAAAAGAAAAAUGUUUUCAUUAACCACUUUAAGACUUGAACAGAAAACAUGUUAUUUAAUUCUAAGUUAAGUGUUGAAAUGUAAAUAUUUUAGAAACAUUCAAAGUAUCUGUAUCUGUAUAUGCAGUGAUCUGUUUCUCUAACAUGUUUAUACAUUAACUAGCUGUCAUAUUCAAUAAACCCCUGACAUGCUUAUUUUAAAGCCACACUAAGAAAGUCUCCUCAUUUGCUUAGUUGGUAACCAAUAUGUUUGCAUACACACACAAAUACGUCACAAUGUACCACAUAAACACUCGAAAUGUAGGGCAUCAUAAACCUGAGGUCUCUUCCCUUUCUUCAUGAGAAGUAUGAGUGUGUGUGAGUGAGAAUGUGGAAAUGUCAGCAUGAGCAGAUCAUGAUCACCAUGACAUGCAUAAUUGUAAUUUUAUUAUCAAUAAACCAAUACAGCCUUCGUCCUCUGUCUUAUCACACGAGCGGAUCACUUAUGCUAGCGCACUAACAAGCUAAACAAAAACAAAAAGGAUUACACAGUACUGUGCAAAAGUUUUAGGAAGUCACAUGAAAUGUUUAAACCUGUUCCUCAGCAGCAAGUGUGUUCAUACCAUACUACUAAACUGUACUAUAUAACAGUUUAAAUACAAAUAAACAAAUAAAAUAGAAAGUAACAGUCAUUUGGGUUUUGUUGUAACAGUAUUGCUAUGUUCUGUUAGAAGAGCAGAGGUUUGGUUCCUGAUUGCAUAGAUUUGUUCAGUUCCAUCAGCAGCACAUCUGAUUUCACUUAAUGAAAAACUGAUUAGCUGAACAGGGUAUUGGAUGGUAACUGUG